AUUUGGAACUGCUCUCGCGGCAGUUCAGACCUCGUGCUCGUCCCCCUCGCCUGUCUGUGUGUGGUAUCCGCAGGUCCGGGGCACUUUUUUUUGGUGUGUGUGUGUGUCUGUGUGUGUUGGGUGUGUGUUUGGGGGGACUGGCGGGGCGCGGAGAGGAGAGCCGGGCCGCGGGGAAGGAAGGAAGCCGCAGAACUCCCGGGUCUCAGCCGCGUCUCCCCUCCAGCGCUCUCCUGCCUGGGCGCUCCGAGGCGGCGGCGGCGGCGCCGAGCGCUCCUCGCUGGAGACACGGCGCUCGAGCUGCGAGCAGCGAGGACUCCUUUGCGGCGGCUUCCUGUGCCUGCUGGAGUUAGGAUGCCAGGCCGGCUGAUUCCCACCUACUGAGCUCGGAGUUUCCUCGGCGGCCCUGGGAAGGGCUUGCAGCGGCGGCGGCAGUAGCAGACGGAACAGCAGGCUCUCCUCUCCGAGGGGGGGCGUCGAAGCGCCCGCGCCGGGCUCCCGCCCUCACCCUUCGGCGCUCCUGCGGCCCCAAGCCGCCACCUCUGUGCCUGCCUCCUUCCUCUUCUCGCCGAGAGCCGCCCCUGGGAUCGCACCGCGCACCCCGGAUGCUGGGGCUGCCCCGGCGCGCCCCCGUCCCGGCGCGACGCACUGAGUGAUCCGGGGGGCGCCCGCGCUCGCCCCCGGAGGGGCCCGGGACCUCGGGACCCCGCGCCGGACCCGCCGGGGAAACGACGAUGUCCGCGCAGCCCCCGGCCCUGACUCGCUCCACGCAGCCGGGGGAAGGCGGCCGGCCGCAGCCCGCCGAGCCCUAGGUGUACAAAGCCCGCGCCCGCCGCCCGGCCUCGGCGCCCGCCGACGACUUUGCCGCCUGCUCCGCGGCUCUUUGUCUCCGCUUGGGGCGGGCGCCCGACUCUGGGAUUUCGCUGCGAGAGCGGGCUGGGGGGGCCGGGGGCGAGCUCCCGGCUUCCCGGCCGCCCCCCGCUGGGGCUCGGCUCCCCCCUCCCCCGCACCUCCCCGGCCCGGGCUCUCGGCGCUUCCACGCUCUCGGAAUCACGACCCCUCCCUGCCAUGUAUCCGCAAGGCAGACAUCCGGCUCCCCAUCAGCCCGGGCAGCCGGGAUUUAAAUUCACGGUGGCUGAGUCUUGUGACAGGAUCAAAGACGAAUUCCAGUUCCUGCAAGCUCAGUAUCACAGCCUCAAAGUGGAGUACGACAAGCUGGCGAACGAGAAGACGGAGAUGCAGCGCCAUUACGUGAUGUACUACGAGAUGUCCUAUGGCUUGAACAUUGAGAUGCACAAGCAGACAGAGAUUGCGAAGAGACUGAACACGAUUUUAGCACAGAUCAUGCCUUUCCUGUCCCAGGAGCACCAGCAGCAGGUGGCUCAGGCCGUGGAGCGGGCCAAGCAGGUGACCGUGACGGAGCUGAACGCCAUCAUCGGGCAACAGCAGCUCCAGGCGCAGCACCUCUCCCACGCCACGCACGGCCCCCCGGUCCAGCUGCCGCCCCACCCAUCAGGCCUCCAGCCUCCAGGGAUCCCCCCAGUGACGGGGAGCAGCUCAGGGCUGCUGGCGCUUGGUGCCCUGGGCAGCCAGGCCCACCUGUCGGUGAAGGACGAGAAGAACCACCAUGAGCUGGACCACAGAGAAAGAGAAUCCAGUGCGAAUAACUCGGUGUCGCCCUCGGAAAGCCUGCGGGCCAGUGAGAAGCACCGGGGUUCCGCGGACUAUAGCAUGGAAGCCAAGAAGCGGAAAGCGGAGGAGAAGGACAGCUUGAGCCGAUACGACAGUGACGGGGACAAGAGUGACGAUCUGGUGGUGGACGUGUCCAAUGAGGACCCAGCGACGCCCCGGGUCAGCCCAGCACAUUCCCCUCCUGAAAAUGGGCUGGACAAGGCCCGUGGCCUGAAGAAGGACGCCCCCACCAGCCCUGCCUCGGUGGCCUCCUCCAGCAGCACACCCUCCUCCAAGACCAAAGACCUUGGUCAUAACGACAAGUCCUCCACCCCUGGGCUCAAGUCCAACACCCCGACCCCAAGGAAUGACGCCCCGACCCCAGGCACCAGCACGACCCCGGGGCUCCGGUCCAUGCCGGGCAAGCCUCCGGGCAUGGACCCGAUAGCCUCGGCCCUGCGCACGCCCAUCUCCAUCACCAGCUCCUACGCCGCACCCUUUGCCAUGAUGAGCCACCACGAGAUGAACGGCUCCCUCACCAGCCCCAGCGCCUACGCCAGCCUCCACAACAUCCCGCCCCAGAUGAGCGCAGCCGCCGCCGCCGCCGCCGCCGCCUAUGGCCGGUCGCCAAUGGUGAGCUUUGGAGCUGUUGGUUUUGACCCUCACCCUCCCAUGCGGGCCACAGGCCUGCCCUCAAGCCUCGCCUCCAUUCCUGGUGGAAAACCAGCAUACUCUUUCCACGUGAGCGCCGACGGGCAGAUGCAGCCCGUGCCCUUCCCCCACGAUGCCCUGGCAGGCCCCGGCAUCCCGAGGCACGCCCGGCAGAUCAACACGCUCAGCCACGGGGAGGUGGUGUGUGCCGUGACCAUCAGCAACCCCACACGGCACGUCUACACGGGCGGCAAGGGCUGUGUGAAGAUAUGGGACAUCAGCCAGCCGGGCAGCAAGAGCCCCAUCUCCCAGCUGGACUGCCUGAACAGGGACAACUACAUCCGCUCCUGCAAGCUGCUCCCCGACGGGCGCACGCUCAUCGUGGGCGGUGAGGCCAGCACGCUCACCAUCUGGGACCUGGCCUCGCCCACGCCCCGCAUCAAGGCCGAGCUGACAUCCUCAGCUCCCGCCUGCUAUGCUCUGGCCAUCAGCCCCGACGCCAAAGUCUGCUUCUCCUGCUGCAGCGACGGAAACAUUGCCGUGUGGGACCUGCACAACCAGACCCUCGUCAGGCAAUUCCAGGGCCACACGGACGGGGCCAGCUGCAUAGACAUCUCCCAUGAUGGCACCAAGCUGUGGACCGGGGGCCUGGACAACACCGUGCGCUCCUGGGACUUGCGGGAGGGCCGGCAGCUGCAGCAGCAUGACUUCACCUCCCAGAUCUUCUCGCUGGGCUACUGCCCCACCGGGGAGUGGCUGGCCGUGGGCAUGGAGAGCAGCAAUGUGGAGGUGCUGCACCACACCAAGCCCGACAAGUACCAGCUGCACCUGCAUGAGAGCUGCGUGCUGUCCCUCAAGUUCGCCUACUGCGGCAAGUGGUUUGUGAGCACCGGGAAAGACAACCUCCUCAACGCCUGGAGGACGCCGUACGGAGCCAGCAUCUUCCAGUCUAAGGAAUCUUCGUCUGUCUUGAGUUGUGACAUUUCGGCGGAUGACAAAUACAUUGUAACUGGCUCUGGUGACAAGAAGGCCACAGUUUACGAGGUCAUCUACUGAGCGAGGACUCUCACAGGGCUGGCAGACCCUGGGAGACAGACUCGGCCGUGCCGGGGGCCAGCCGGGGGCCCUGCGGAUGCAGAGGACGGGCAGCCAGCGUCCCUGCGGCCCCGCGCUGCGCUCCGUGGCCUGAGGGCACACGCCCGUCGUGGUCUGGACUUCUGGGCAUGGACUGAUCUGUCUCACGAACUCCGACGGAUUUCUCUUCUCCUCCCUCUAACAGUUCUGGCAGAUGCUACGAAUAGAUUUAUUUGGAGGCUCGCGGCUCCAGCUCCCCAGACACCCUCGUGGAUCUGUCCUCCCUUCCCCUUUUGUCUGCUUUGUCCCCCUGCCCUGGCUCGGGGCCGCUGGAGUGUGGACCACACGUUUGUCCCGGGGUGGGGGGAUGGGUUUCAUGUUCCCGACUGUGCAGCGCACAAGAUUGUGAAAAGUGUAAAUAACAGACUCCUAUCUCGGACUGGUCAGGGCGGGAGGGAGCCCCUCCCACCGAAACGCUAGCCGUGUAUUUCGCCUGCUGUAUUUGUAAUCCACUCGUGGUGGUGGCUUUUUUUUUUUUUUUUUUUUUUUUUUGAAACAGAAGUUCCCAUCUGGGAGGGGAGGCGGGGGUGGGAUGGGGAGAAGACUUCUGGGGUGGAGGAGGGGCUGCAGCUGGCAGCCACGGGGUCCGUGAGCUUCGCCCUGGGGGCGCGCAUCUCCUUGUGGACCUGGGACUCCUCUGAGGCGCACCAGACCGCGCUCCAGACAGACCGAUGGACAGACAGAACUUGAGGUGGGUGCCCGCCUGGGCUGACGUCAGCAGAGGGGCAGGUUUUUCUGUGGCCUCCUGAGCGCCACCUGCCUCUUGGCCUCCCUGGGGCCCCUCUCAGGUGUCUGACCCUCCCUCCCCCCCCCCCCACCUCGGGCUCGCUUUGGUGCACACUUGGUUCUCCUGAUUAGAGGUGGAGGUUCAAAGGAACUCCAUCUCCGGCCCUUCCUAAUCUUUGGACACCACCUAAAGGACAAAGGUUGGAGGAGAGCAUAGCAGCUCAGCUCAGGGAGCUACCAGAGAAGGAACAGCAACUGAUGUGGGGUUUUUUUGGGUUUUUUUUUAAUAAAAAGAAUUAGAAGUGAUACCCUUUUAUGAAAAUGCCUUCGCCCCUGCCCCUGCCCCUGCCCCUUCCUCUCCCCCUAGAGGGAAAACCACGUAUUAACCCACAGGGUCCUGAGUCAGAGCAUCGUGCCCCCUCUCGCCGGGGGGGGGGGGGCCUGCGGGGGGCGGGGACACCGUGCGCCCUUCUCACAGCUUCCUGUCUCUCUUAGGAGCCCAAACAGAUUACAGGUAGAAGAUUGUCUGCUGCAGGUGCCACUUUUUUGGUACCAAAGUGUUCUGAGGAAUUAGAAUUUGGCUAGGGUUCCCCCCUCCUUUUCCUUUUGGUCUUAUUUUUCUUACUUUAAGGAAGAGCUGGAGGCCGCUGGGUCCUGGUGCAGCUCUCUGCAGAUGUAGCGUAUGGAAGAUACUUUUUAUACUGCAUUUUUAUGGAUUAUUGUCUAAUGUGUGGCUCCGUCUGGUUGAAGAAAGGAGGGGCUCCGGUGAGCCCCCCAUUCAGUGUCUUGCUCCCGGGCGCAGAGAUGGGCACAGCGCCCUGCACCUUUCUGAGGUUGGGGAGGGUGUGCAGACUCUGUCUGUCUGUCUGUCUCUCUCUGGGUCUCAGAUGUUCAUGUUCCAACUCUUGUUAUGACUCUUGCCACAAGGCAGGGCAAGGGUAGGAGAAAGGUGAUUCCUGAAGAAAAAAGAAAAUGAAAAGUCAUUGUAAUGAGCUGUUUUUAUAUUUUUAAAAGUUACUAUUUAAAGGUU